AUCCGACCGAGUCCAUCGGUCGAUUUGCGGAAAUUCAACCGCUUGAGCGAAAUCCCGCAGCAGACUUCAAUGCUACCAAAAAGACCGAAGCCGGCCGAAUUCUAUUAAGAGAACCAUGGAGAGCUUGGAGCUCAACGAACUCUCAUGACCCGCCAAGCCGCAAAGCUGCCCCCGGAUUCGAUUACCACUGGGGUUGGCAGUGGUUGGGAUGAUCAGUACCAUGGAACAGCAGCGUGAAGUCACCCAGCACUCAUCUGCGAGUCGGUUAAAUGGUUACCCAUACUCGAAAGGCACCUUGAAGGCCGGCAAGCCUUCGCCUUCCGGGGUUCGAUGUUCGCCACACCCGCACUCUCAUAUUUCAUCCAUCAUCCCGCCAACCAUCUCAGCUUUUGAGAUAUCGCAUGCUAUGAGGUUUUGAACUCGUGUGCGCCAGCUCUGGCGGAGCUUAUUCUUCACGAUGGAUCCGCCAGUCUUCCUCGAAACCAGCUGGGGCAUCCUCAGCACCAUCGGUGUCUUCUUGACCUUUGCCAGCAUCUCGGUCAUUUGCAUGACGAAAAUCUGCACGUUGAACUUUGUCCCCCUUGUCGUUUCCAUCGCCUGCGCGCUCGCAAAUGGGUGCUGCUACUAUGCGUACUAUACCGGCGGUCCUCCCUGUACGGGGAGACUUGUUGCGAGUAUCUUUGCGGACAUCUUCUGGAUGAUCCAAGAACCAGGCAUCUCCUUUUACAGCUACCUCAUCCUCACGCACAUCCUCUGCCGGCGCGCGCGAAAGAUCUUCCUCGUCGUCUUUUGGGCUUUUAUCAUUGCGAUCGUCGCCCUGCGCGUCACCAUUGCCAUCGGACGAGCCAUCCAGCUCGAGAGCUGGGAUACACGCAACCAAGUCGUCAUCAGCCGCUUGCAUAUCGGGUAUUUUGUUUCCAUCGCGCUCCUCGAGACUUGGAGCUCGUUCUUCCUCAUCAAGCAGAUGGCCAGGGCGUACCGUCGGUCUCCGAGGACCUCGUCGGCAGGCGGGGUGUUCUUAUACCUGAUGCGCAGUGCGGAGCUGCGGCUGGCGGCGCUGUGUUGCAUCGGUAUAGCGCGCGCAGUGACAUAUUCGUCGCAAAAGACGAGGCAGAGGGCGACAACCGUUGCGUCGCAGGUGGAUCGAUUUACAUAUACCCUGGAAUGUUUGUUCCCGGUUAUUCUUCUACUGGAUAUUCUCAGCGCGAAGCGAUAUAGACCCAGCGAUGCGCCAUUAGAAAACAGCUCAGGCGACCCCGAGAAUUCUUUUGGAUCUCAUCAUCCGCAUUGGAUCAGUUGGUCACCGUCGAGUCGGGACAAGACGUCUGAUUAGUUGGAAGAAUAUAUACCCUGCAUCGCUUUGAUUGUAACUCAGAAGUAUAAUCUAUCUCAAUUGUCUACUCCAGAUGUCGUUCAUGCAAUGUUGUCGGGUUGCGGCCGUCGCAUAAAGGGGAUUCUGGGCUUCGGCGGCCACGCGCUCGAGAAACGAAUCCAGUCGAAUGGCACCGAAAACUGGUGUCUCCCCGACCCAACCCAUCUUGCCUCGCUAUCCUGUGUAGUCGACCCGUCACUAGGCAUCGUAACCAACGCCCGAGAAUUUGGCGGGACCAAGAGCUCCAUCGCAAAGAUGGUUUGAUCAGACUUGAUCGCCC